AUGCAAUUUUAUCGAGUAGAUAUUUGUUUUCAAGCUCAAUCAUACUUCGUUAUAUUUCUUUCAGUGAAACCAUUGAUAAAUCUGAUAGAAACAACGCGGCGGGUGGGUUCAAUAAAAUUUGCAAAAUUAAUCGAGAGUUCGACGUUUGCGGAAGAAUUGAAGAGUGGUCCACCCUUAACGUUAUUCGUACCAUCCGAUGAAGCUUUUGAUAACUAUUUAAAAGUAAAAGGUAUUCGUCAAGAAUGGCUGUAUAAUGGUAACAGAUAUGUAAAUUUAAUUGCGAAUCAUAUAAUAGACAGGCGCGUACUAUCAAGUCAAUGGCAGGCGAAUCUUUUAAUUCCAUCACGUUUGCAAGGGAACGUUUUGAGAAUCAAUAAAUUUUCUAGCGGAAUGGAAACGGUGAAUUGUCAUCGAAUUAUUCGCAAGGAUCAAAUUGCCACUAAUGGAGUUGUGCAUGUAAUCGACGGUGUUCUAGAUCUGGCUUUAGCACAAAAUUCAGACAUAAUCGAGCUUGCUUCUAGAGAUGGUAGAUUCGGAAUAUUUACAAAAGUCUUAGAAAACAGCGAAUUAGGGAAUAGAAUUAGAUUGAGUGAAAUACCGUGUACUAUAUUUGCACCAACGGAUCAAGCCUUCCAUUAUAUUCCUAAAGCGCAAUUGACCGAUAUGUUGGAGAAUCCAGUUACAUUAAAUGCAUUAAUUGCCCAUCAUAUCGUAACGCAUCCCGUAUGCAUGCCAAAUAUAAUUUCGGAAUAUCACGCAAGCACGAUGCAACGGCAAGAGUUAAAAUUAAAUUGCGGCCCAUACGGGCCGGUUGUGGACAACACAAACAUAAAAAAUGAAAUGUAUCAUGGGAAAAAUGGAUUGCUUUAUGUUCUUGAUCGUGUGUUACUUCCCGACCGAGCUAAAACAAUUUUGGAUGUAGCUAAAGAGGAAGGGCUAUUUACAUUUCUAGAAAUAAUUAAAGCAGCUGAAUUGGAAGAAACUUUGAGACAUAUGAAACACUUCACAAUGUUUGCACCUUCUGAGACAGCAAUGUAUUCCCUGUCAAAUCAAAAACUUGUAGAAUUGCAAAGAAAUCGAAAGACUGCUCGGAACUUUGUUCUUAAUCAUAUAGUUACGGGAACAUAUUUUACUGAUGAAAUUAGUAGCAAUCAAAUUGCCAGAACUCUUGAAAUAGGAAUUCCAUUACGCUUCCAAGUUUACCGUGGUAAUUUUGGAAUUGAAAACGCACUAAUUAUUAAAGCUGACAGAGAAUGCAGCAAUGGCGUCUUACAUGUUAUAAGUCACAUUUUACACCCUGCAGAAGAAUCUUUAGAUUAUAUUUUGAGAAGGGAAGGCAAUUUCAGCAUUUGGUUGGACGCUAUGGAAAGAAUUAAAAGUAUUCAACCACAAAUAUAUGAUCAAUUUAAGCGCGCAAAUUCUUCGUGUACGUACUUCGUUCCCUCGGAUGAAGCAUUCAGGCAGCUAGGAAAUGCCAAACUUCAAAAAUUAUUGGAAGAUAGGAACUAUUUAACAAAAACACUACAAAAUCAUAUCGUGGAUAAUAUGUUACUUGCUGAAAGUUUUAUGCCAGACUUGCAGUACACCGUUAGAACUAAAGGGAACCCGAUAAAUAUUAUGAGAAAAAAUGAUAGAAUUUUAGUAAACGAUGCUACUCUUGUAAAGAGCGACAUUUUGAAUAAAGCUGGUGUUGCACAUGAAAUAAAUUCAGUCUUAUUACCUGAUCAGUGUUCUAAUGGACAUAGAAGAAUACACGAUGGAACUGUUGCAAGGAAAGUGUGUCUUUGAGAUGAAUAAUUAAUUUAUAUUACUUACAGCACUUAAUUACAAUAAUAUGUAUCAUAAUAACAUAUAUUAUAUAUAUUAUUUAUGCACUUAUACUAUACUAUAAUAUAUAAUCAUUUAUAAUAAUAAAGAAUCAUUGCAAUUAAAUGAUUUAUUGGCACUUAUUACUUCAAAAUAUUUAGCCAUUCUUUCAUUAACUGUUCAAAAAGUAUAGUUUCUUUUUAGUUACAUUUAUACAGUUGGCUACACUUGUAUGA